ACAUUAUCAGAAAGAUAAUCCCUGUACAUGCUGCAUUCAAGGUGAAUAUCACACACGUGUUAAAUAAAAUACAAAUAGGAAUUUACAACAGACCGGAAGAUUUCAAGAAGGUUAGGUUCAGACACAUACCGAUUUAACUACAUUGAAAAACUUCUUAGCUUAGGACGUUACAAUGACAGAUGGCACAUAAACUGUGAUUGUCAUUUCCAUCCCUUCUAAUCCUAAAUCUCAUAGUCCCCAUUGUGGAAUCCACUCGCAGUGGGGGAAAACACAAAUUUCUAACUUUUCAGGAUUUUAAGGAAUCAUCCCGCUGUUCCACUGGGAAUGUGCUUAAGUUAUUAAAGGUAUUUGUGAGACAAUGAGUUUAUGUGUUUGCUUGCACACCUGUGAUGUGGUCAGCGCAGCGUUCAGCAGACAGGUGGUGUGACCAAUAAGCAAAGAUGUCUGCUCGAGUGAGGCCUCUGGACCCGCCCAUGAUUCUCUUGGAGGGGGUGGGCGAUUUCACCAUGAGCAAUACAGACAAAACUAUAGAAAAUAAACAGCCAGACACUGAAUCUGACGUCAACUGCAACAACAACAACAACAACGAGGAAGGGAAAAAGAAGAAAAAAAAGAAGCAAAAGAAAGAGAAUAAAGAGAAAAAAGAGAAAAAAUUGGAGACGAAAAAAGACCCAGAAGAGAAGCCCAACGUAAAAAAAGAGGAACCAAAGGAGAUUUAUGUUGUGGAUCCAGCAGGGAACACAUACUACAACUGGCUGUUUGUCAUCACUUGUCCUGUGAUGUAUAACUGGGUUUUCAUCAUAGCCAGAGCUUGUUUUGAGGAAUUGCAAGAGGAUUAUUUGAUAUACUGGUUCAUUCUGGAUUAUGUGUCUGAUCUGGUAUAUCUGGCUGACAUGCUGUUCAGGACUAGAACAGGAUAUCUGGAGCAAGGUCUCUUGGUGAAAGAUGAGAAGAAGCUUCAGAAUCGCUAUAUGCAAAGUAUCCAAUUCAAAUUGGAUCUCGCUUCUAUGAUUCCAACUGACAUUUUUUACUUUUACUUUGGCCUGAACUACCCCGAGAUCCGCAUGAACAAGUUGUUAAGGGUCAAUCGCUUGUUUGAGUUUUUCCAACGCACAGAAACGCGGACCAACUUUCCCAAUGUGUUCCGAAUCUCCAACCUUGUCAUGUACAUUGUGAUCAUCAUCCACUGGAACGCCUGCAUGUACUACUCAUUCUCAAAGGCCAUUGGCUUCGGAGCGGAUGCCUUUGUUUACCCAGAUACCUCAGACCCUGAGUUUGGCCGACUGGUGAGAAAGUAUGCAUAUAGCAUGUACUGGUCAACUCUGACUCUUACGACCAUUGGCGAGACUCCGCCGCCUGUCCAAAACUCUGAGUACUUCUUUGUGGUAACCGACUUCCUGGUUGGCGUGCUCAUUUUUGCCACUAUUGUUGGUAACGUAGGAUCCAUGAUCACAAACGCCAAUGCGGCAAGAGCAGACUUCCAGGCACGCAUCGAUGCCAUCAAACAGUACAUGAGCUUCCGAAAAGUAACCAAAGACCUGGAGAAACGAGUCAUCAAAUGGUUUGAUUACUUAUGGACAAAUAAAAAGGCAGUGGAUGAAAGAGAGGUUCUGAAGUACCUGCCGGACAAGCUGAGGGCAGAGAUUGCUAUAAACGUCCACCUGGACACUCUGAAAAAAGUGCGGAUAUUUGCAGACUGCGAGGCCGGACUGCUGGUGGAGCUGGUUUUAAAGCUUCAGCCUCAGGUCUACAGCCCUGGCGACUAUAUCUGCAAGAAGGGCGACAUUGGCCGCGAAAUGUACAUCAUUAAAGAGGGAAAACUCGCAGUGGUGGCUGAUGACGGAGUUACUCAGUUUGUCGUCCUAAGCGAUGGUAGCUACUUUGGAGAAAUCAGUAUUUUAAACAUCAAGGGCAGUAAAGCAGGAAAUCGUAGAACCGCCAACAUCCGCAGCAUUGGCUAUUCAGACCUGUUUUGUCUGUCCAAAGAUGAUUUGAUGGAAGCGCUGACCGAAUACCCAGACGCUAAGGCCAUGCUGGAGGAAAAGGGGAGGCAGAUCCUUAUGAAGGACAAUCUGCUGGAUUUGGAAUUGGCCAAGCAGGGCCCCGAUCCCAAAGACAUGGAGGAGAAGGUUAUCAAAAUCAGCAGCGUAAUGGACGAACUGCAAACGCGCUUCGCACGUCUGUUUGCAGAACAGGAAGCUGUGCAGGGAAAACUGAAGAAACGCAUCACUAAAUUAGAGAAAAAGAUCACGUCCUCCAGCGGCCUGCUGGAAACAGAAUGGGUGACUGCUGAAAAGAAAGAGAAAGAAGAUGCAUAAAAGUAAAAAGUAAACAUUUGAAAAAAGCCAUGUGAAUUCUUUUUGUUUUUGAAGCUAUGAUUGUGUUUACAGUGCACAAUAUAACAUGUGUUCAUGUUUCACAUGUGUAAAAACGCAGUAUUUUUCACACAAUUUACUCAUCUGUAUAGCGCUGUUUUCACUGUCCUAAAACGUGCUGAUAUUUUCCUUGUUCUGUGAAGUCCCGCUUUCAGAAAUACGUAAUGAGUUCUGAUUGUGUAGUUUGUUUAGUGUGUUGUGAUUGUGUAGUUUGUUUAGUGUGUUGUGAUUCGACAGCAGCUUAGCUUAGCAGAGCCCUUUGAACUUAGCUGGUGACUGACGUAAUCCUGUGGGUGGAGUUUAGUCAAAAACUGUUUUAUUGACGUCAUUAAAGCAGGAAGUAGAGGGCUGUAGUCCAAAAUAUAUCGCCUGGCAGUGAACUUUGAGCUUUAUAAUAUUGCAGGUAUUAUUUAUGCUCUAACAGCAACAUUACACACUAACUAAAGUUUUAAAAAUAGGAUCAGGAAAUACGGGAAUUUGAACACAUGUCCUGGCUGGAUUCUGCUCCUGGCCAAAAGCAGAUGAAUUAUAAAUUGAUCAUAAAAUAUAGAAAUCUGCUGAACUGUUUAAUUUCUUCCUCUGCCUGUAACAGGUAUAUCCCUGUGUGUAAGAUACUGUACAGAUGUCCUUACAAAGAGGUCAGAUGUAUUUUACCAAUUACUGUAUGCAAUAGGCAAUUUUUACUGUCAUUUUAUUUUCAUGUUCAAAGAAGAAGAAUAAAAUGCUUGAUAUUAUAUAAUAUUAUAUUAAGAUAUUAUAUAUAUAGGGGAGAGUGGGGCAAAGUGAGCCAGUGGGUAAGUUGACCCACCCCCUGUAUCUAGGCUACCAUACAGAUUUGUAGCCGUCUGACCACAAAUCCAGGUAGCAACCAUCAUUUCUAUUUGACUAUGGUAAAGAGAAGCACAAGUUAAAGAGAUAAGUAUGAUUUUUUUACAAAAAACAGUUUUUAUCCCAUCAAAGUUAAAUUUAUACAUGUCAAGUAUAAUGGCUGUUAUGUUAAAGCAAAUUUAUCCAGGUCUAAAUAUUUAUACCAUACAUAUUGGUGAUAGGCUAAUGUAUAAAACCAGGUCAAUGAUUUAGCUAAAGAUUAGCCUGAAUUACUAAACUAGGCAGUUUUUCCCAAAAUGGUGGCCGUGGGGCAAAGUGAACCAAAUGCUGUGGGGUAAACUGAACCAGCGGUUCAAUGUACCCCACCAUGAUGUUUAGUUAAAAAAAAUUUAAAUAGAGCAAUCAACAUUAUUAUUAUUAUUACCCUUCCAAAUAGGGCAAAAAUAGACAAUUUCAUUAAAACGACAAAUCCUAGGGUUGUAAAUAUACAUUUAAAAACGUUUCUGGAUAAUGUUUGCACUUAAUAAAGUUACAUACCUUCUAUGUAAAUAUCAAAUAACAAUUUAACACAUUAUUUCAAUGCAUUCUUUGGCACCCUUAAAAUUAAAUUUAAGAAUGGUGUGUAAUGUUGAUAUUUGAAAUCACCUAAACAAACACGGCCCUACCCCAAUAGAAUCUGGACCUUCUGUUCAUAGACCCGCCCCACACAUACGCAACCCAGGCAAAGAUGACGGUUAGUAGACACGCUCCUUACUGCUGAUUGGCUACAAGUGUGUUUUGGUAGUCGGCCCGUCUCCUUUUCCAAAGCGUUUUUCAAACAUCGUGGACUCCGCCUUUAAUCAAAAUCAAUGUCUUUAUUCAUAAAUAUGUCAAAUGACUUCUGCCAAUGAUCUGACUUUUCUUUGAAUUUCUUCUCUUUAUUUACAUUGAACUGGUAAGUCCAAGUAGGCUUCCAUGUCGUUCCGCCAUAUUCAAAAACUAUAAUAGCAGAAAGGGACAAAAAGCACUAACCUACCAACGCGUUUUCAUUCAGAACAUGUGGACCAGCUGAAACGGACAAAGAAAUCAGUGAGUACAUAACAGCUACCGUAGUUGCAAAACGCAUUUGGAAAAGCGAGGCACUAGACAGCAAUAUUCGUUUGAAUGCAAAAUACAAGCCGUUUCUCAAUGUCAAGGAAGGAUCCUCAGAAGCUAGAAUUUCGAGGAUGCUACGUCAUCGACGUCCGUCGAAGGACUGUUCCAAUGUCGAGGAUCCUUGAAAUUUCAGCCAAGGACUGAGUCCUUCGUUCGAGAAAUAUCCCAUAUACAGGAAAGGAUGCAAAUUUGUAUCCUUUGCGCUCUUCACGCGCUGAAAUCACCCACAAUCCUAUGCGCGCAGCAUCGAAAGCACACCUUUCAAUCAUGCAAUGACGUAAUGACGUGCACUUGCUAGCCUGUUCCAUUUAACGUGUUCUCCGAAUGCUUAAAAGGAGCCUCGCCUAGCCUCUGAAGGAAGUGACUUGUAAGGACUAGUCCUGCCAAGGAAGUAUCCUUGACAUUGAGAAACGGCUACUAUUUCACCACUAGAUGGGGGGAAAUCCUACUUAUUGUCCCUU